GUUCAAAGUCUAAAGAACUGAAGAUAUAACAGGGAAGCUGAAAGAAAGCUGCAAAUCCUAGACCAGCAGGCAGGUUGGUGAGUCUCAAUCUUACAUGGGAAAAGACCCGAAUACACCUGUGAAAAUGUACGAAAACAAAUAUCUUACCUCUAUGGGGAGGAAACCUUCCUGCUCACCAGGACUUAUGAAAAACUCAAAGUCCAAAGAGCCACCAUCUUAUGUGACCUCACAUUCCUACGCAACUGCCGAGACAAAAACGUGAUCCCCACUUGCUUCCAACUAAAAUUCCAUUCCAAAAACUCAGCCACUGAAAGGAUCCUGAAAAGAACUGAAUUAGCUCUAAUCAGAAACGAACUCCACAGGAAAAGAUUCCUACUAGACCAAACCAAUAGGGACCAACUCACUCUUCACCUCAAACUCAGCAACAAAAUCCACCCAGCACUCUGGGAAAAUCCAAACAACUAGCCCUCUGGAGAGCUGAAACAGAAACCUCCCACAAGACAGACACACACACCAACAAACUCCACAGGCUAGAAAAAUGCCAAAAGCCCAACCCCCUCCACAGCAACUCAUGAAACGAACAGUACACAACAUAUCAGACAGGACCCUCACCACAGCAGAAAUCAAUGGUUCCAAAGGAUUCAACCAAACGCAUCCCCACUGAAAACAUCAUAUGUGGAGUUGAAGCUACCCUAAUCAAAAUCAACCCAGAUGAAGCCAAUAAAAUCAGACUUGAAGUCACCAACAUCCUCCUCUCCAGCAAUCCACCUAGAUGCAACUUACAUAAAGAACAAAAAGCACUCACCAACCUGAGGAAAGACAACAACAUAAUAAUUCUCCCAGCAGACAAAGGUAAUGCCACGGUAGUGAUGAACACAUCAGACUACCAAGCCAAACUAUCCAACCUACUCCAAGACCCCACUUACAAACCUCUAAACACAGACCCCAACACCUACCUGGAAAAAACCACCAAAUCCAAAAUAAAGGCCUCUCCUAUCAGUGAAGAGAUCCAUCAAAGAAUCAUCCCCAGAGAGAAAUCAUCCAGAUGCCCCAAGCUCUAUGGCCUCCCCAAGAUUCACAAAGAAGGAACACCACUCAGACUUAUAGUCAGUUCCAUAGGCUCACCUCUACAGAAUCUUGCCAAAUUUCUCGCCAAACAGCUUUAUACCUACACAGAAUCCAUCUCCUCACAUGUACAAAACUCACUCCACUUCAUAGAAACAAUAAAGAAACAAAACCUACAACCCAGCGACCUACUCGUGAGCUUCGAUGUCACAUCCCUCUUCACCUAAGUGCCUAUGAAAGAAGCCUUGACAGCUAUGCAAAACAAAUACAAUCCCCCCUAAGCACAUCCUAGAUCUGACCAACCACUGCCUAAACAAAACAUCCUUUUUUUAUUAUUAUUUUUUAUUGAAUUUUUUUAUUUUUUAAC